UGUCAUGUCAUUCUCCACAAAAUGCCUAUGACAUGUAUACUGUAACAUUCUAAUUUUAUCCAUUGACACUGUCAGACUAAUGGUCGAUAGGAUAAGGGCACGUCGUUAAUAACAUUAACCUGUUUUCUACGAAUUUUCGAAUACGACCUGUUAAGAGUACAAGUAGAAAUCAUUCAUACUAGUGAAUAUUAUCAUUUUAUAUAAAAAUGGGGGUACCUCCGUCUCCAUUGAUUGUUCGUGUUCAGUCACCAGAAUAUGGAACCAAGAGAGUGGAAGCUAGGCAGAAUGAGACGAUUGCUGAUUUCUUGAAUAAGCUUCAAACUGAGUUUGGACUUGGUGACACAGGAUGGAACGUUUAUAAAUCCAGAGACAAGAAAGACUGGAUCAGAACAUCUCGCGCCAGAACAUUGGACUCUUACAAAAUAAGACAUGGGGAUAUGCUGUACUUAUUUUCGUCCAGCAAGACAUCAAAAGGUCAAGAAUUCAGUAACAUAGCUCAGAAUAUUGAGGCAUCACCUGGCUCCUCCCAAAUGUUAUCUGGGUCAGGCAUGGCCUCACCCAUUCCUGGUCAGGGAGUAGUUGAGGAUGAGGUGGACCAGAUUCUGGACAAAGAAGAUGGCAAGAUCUACAGAAAGCGCAAUGAACAACUAUGCCAUCAUGGCCCCCAAGGAAAAUGCCUGCACUGUGUGCCACUUAUGCCAUAUGAUGAGGAAUUCUUACACAGCUGUGAGCCCCCCAUCAAAUUCCUCGCAUUCCACUCACACUUACGUAAGCUGACAGGAGGAGUGGACAAGGGGAAAUUUGCCUUCUUAGAGAACAUAAGCUGUAAAAUAAAGACCGGAUGUACAGAACAUCCACCUUGGCCUGGAGGCAUCUGUACGAAAUGUCAGCCCAAUGCAGUGACACUAAACAGACAGAAAUACAGACAUGUAGAUUACAUCAUGUACGAAAACUCAUCUAUUGUCGAUCGAUUCCUCAACUUCUGGAGAACUACAGGCAACCAAAGAAUUGGCAUCAUGUAUGGAAAGUACGAGACACAUAAAGACACGCCACUGGGUAUAAAGGCCACUGUUUGUGCUAUCUAUGAGCCACCCCAGGUAAGUUCCAAGAGCAGGGUGGAGCUGCUGGAAGACCCUAAAGAAGAUGUGGUCAACAAAGUGGCUGAGAGGCUGGGUAUCGGCCCAGUCGGCUGGAUUUUUACUGACCUCAUUGCAGAUGACCUCGGAAAAGGCACCGUCAAACACUUCAGAGGAAAUAUUAAUUCACAUUUUCUGAGUGCUGAAGAAUGCAUUAUGGCAGCGGAUUUCCAAAACAAACACACCAACCCAUGUAAACUGGCGACAGAAGGACACUUCGGCUCCAAGUUUGUCACAGUCGUUGUAACCGGCGAUGCCACCAAUCAGAUCCACUUUGAGGGCUACCAGGUAUCCAAUCAGUGCAUGGCGUUGGUGAGAGACGACUGUCUGAUACCAACCAAGGACGCACCAGAGUUAGGCUAUGUCAAAGAAUCGUCAGAAAAGCAGUAUGUGCCGGAUGUAUUUUACAAGAUAAAAGACAGUUAUGGCAACGAAAUAACGCAGCUGGCCCGUCCCUUACCUGUGGAGUAUCUACUUGUUGACCUGCCAGCAGCCUUCCCGCUCGAAGCACAAUAUACAUUCAAGUCCCAUCUACAUACCGAGAUAAAACCGUUCCCUGCCUCCAACAGAGAUCAACUAGGGGAAGCUCAGGACUUCAAUGCCCUUGUGAGCUACAUUCAGCAGUUCCCUCCCAACCGAUUCCUGGAAGCAAUGUCCGGCUUUCAUAUCCUGGUUUUCCUUGGCACCUCUGACAUGUUACCAGUACAGGAGAAAAUUGGAAUGCUAUUAGAUGCUGUCAGACUGAAUGAUGAGAAACUUGCUUCUGAUUUCAAAAAGACAGAAGAAUGGGCAACUGUAGAGGAGAUGAUGGCUGCUCACGAAACGUCUCCAGGUCUCUCCAGGGAAAGGUCGUAUGUAGGACCCGGAGCAUCUCCCCUUCCACCCAUCGGUGCCUCCGGUGGGACGUCUUGGACAUGUGCACACUGCACAUUUAUAAACUCUUCGGACAAAAGUGCCUGUGAUAUGUGUUCGUUACCCAAGUAAUAGCAUUGUGUUUGGCCGCUAUCAAAAUAACAACACAUAAUGAUUGAAUAUUAUUUAUAUUUACUUACAAGACAGAAAAGGAAAGUCUUUUGCUGGACUGUGUACAUUGGAUUGGCUGUUUCACCCAACAUGAUCACUUAUGCAUGUAUCCUACUCAACUUGUUGAAGCAUAUAAGAUGCCUUGAGUGCUUUGUUAUGAAUAUAUUUAGAGCCGUUUAAAGCUAAUUUUUUACAAAUGAAUGAAUGUUUUGUGUUCAAAUCCAUGGAUUAAUCAUUCCAACCUUCAGAUGAGCAAACCAUUAGUUCUUACUUUUUGUGGUCUUACAUAUGCCCUUGUAUAUCCCAACAUGUUUAUCUUUUAACGGUCAAAGCAUCAUAUUUUGUCACAAUACCUGUGAUUCAUCAAGGAAAGUUAGUCUAUGAAUAAUUGUUAAGUAUCAGCCAAAAUUAAUUCCCCUUUCCUCCUGUAAAACUGUUUGGAUAUCUGUACUGGUUGGGUACCACAAACUGUAAAGAGUUAACCCUUUCACCACUGUAGAGCAUAAUGGACUCAUCCAGAUCAAUGAAUGGUAGUCUACUAAAGUUACAUAGGGGUGAAAGGGUUAACACCUUGUUGUAGUUCAACUAUUCUUACCGGUAUACAGGAUUUUUGCAUUAAGUAUAUGUUUUUCAAUAGCAACUAAAAGUAAAACUACAGUUUACAUGUAAACAAUUUUAACUUCAUUGGAAGACUAAUGGAACAAGAUUGAAAUCUUACUGGAUGAAAAGAAAUACAGUAUGUUAUGCAGAUAUUGUGUUUAAUACUUAUCCUUCUGAGAUUUUUUAUCGUGUACCAAAACGUCUCGGAAUAGAAAUGUGAUAUGAUCCCAUCUCCUAUACUUGGAACUAAGUAUGAUAUUGUGAAUGUUUUCAGUUUGAAAGAUUUCUUUUUCUCCUAGGUAAUACACGCACAUUCUUGAAUUUAAAUACUUGUUCAUUUAUUUUACAACAAAUCAUCCCCUAAGUAUGGGCAUUUAUAAAUAUUUGAGAUCUAUUUCAGAUCAUUUUAAACAGCAGAUAAUUCUUGUUGAGAAUUUGAAAAUUAGAUAUUCAUUUAGUUGAACCCCUGACAUUUUAUAUACUGUACUCAUACAUGUUUCAUUGAGGGCUAAGUCUGCCAUCAGAAUUUUCCUUUCUGGUAUGAUUUAUGCUGUACAUCAAUCGAAAAGUCUGAGCUUAAUGGUUUUCAUUUGUUUCCAUUUGCAUAAGUAAACAUCACUGUUGUUAGGUGAAGAUGUGUAUCAGCAAAACUUAGACGUACAGCUUCAUCUGUUGCUAACCAUUAGGCCAACUGAAAACCAUUUGUUGCAGGUAUAGAUUAUAGUAACAGCUCAUGCGGCUGAUAACUUGAGAAAAACAUUUUUUUUUAUAACCAGCUCAAUUCCAAGGAGCUUGAGCAGCAAGUCAUUGAUUAUGUUUCUGUAUGUCAGAUAUAAUUGAAAUACGAUAACAUGCCACAAAUGUCGUUAUAAUUACUUCUCAACCAUCGGCGAUCAAAUACAUUGUCAGAGGGAUACAAAACACUUUUCAGGAGAAGAUAUGUAUUGAUCAGUUAUAUUUUUUAUUCAUUUGCUCACAUGAUUUUGCUCUUUGAAUUCUAUUUCAAAACCUACCUUGUUUACCUUGUUCAUUCAUUAUCUAUAUACAAUGUGCAUCUUGGUUUAGUGGAAUGUCAUAUGCCUCCAUACUCGGUUUUUGAGAAACAUUUCUGAAAAAAACCCACCAGAUUCCAGGCUGACUGAAAGAGAAAUAUAAAUGUAACUUCAGACUGGUAAGGUCUGGUAAAAUUGUUUUUAGUUAUCUGUUUGUUAGUUUUAUCAGAAACACUACAAGGAUUAUGUAGGUCAGGUUGAAAUAGCAUUAAAGUUAAGUUGAAGGUGUUCGAUGUUGAUUCAUGUUCUACUGUAUAAGAAGGUAGAAAGCCCCAACAAACAAUACAAUGUUAUUAUAUAUCUUCCGUAAAAUGUAAUAAUAUCUUAGGUGAGUAAAGGGAGGAGGCAUGGAUUUGACCUUGCCAGCUCCCACCCUUCCUAUAACAAGACUUAAUCCAUGAGAGGCAGAUUUUGACCUCCACAGUUCUUGCCGUUCCUAACACAACUAAAUUUGAGACACUAUAUUUUGACCUCAGGAUUCAACUCACUUUUUAACACAACUGAAACAGGAGGGUCAUUCUUAAUGUGAAUAAAUCCAAUCCCAGAUGUGCCACUGAUAAUAUUGUAUUACAAUUUGGCAUAUUAUAUUGAUUGCCAUGGAAGCUAAAAUGUACAUACUGUAGUUAUAAAUACAUCUAAACCAAUCAUCGGUGGUUUCACAGGGAAAAUGUGUACAUACCUCACAGAAUGUGUUGUUUGAAUUUUGUACUUGCUUUUGUCGGAACUACUGUUUUGUAAGGUACAUUGCUAUAAAUGUAGGUAAACAUACAUGUUAUAAACAUGCUGUUUAUGUGAUAUAUAGGAGUGCUCAUAGUUGUUUUCUGUAACCCUGAUUUACUGUAAGAAAUGCUGGUAUGCUCCUUAACAGGAACAUACCUAAUGUUACCCUCUUAUCUGCUCAAAUUGAGUAGAAACAUCUGCUAUAUACUGUAGAUCACUUUAUUUUCGAGAGAUUAACUUUUGCAUUAAUUCACGAUUAGACUCAUUUGCAUAUUAAAAUUCUCUAGCGAAUUUAAAUCCAUUUGUAAUUUCCAUUUUAUUGAAGUUUUAUUUCUCAAUUGUGAAUUCAAGAAUUUACAAAUAAAAAUUAGGUAAAAAACAUAAGGUAUAGUCCACCAAAUGAAAGUAAACACGAUAAAUAAUGUUAUUUGCAGUAACAGAUGUAUGUAAUAAUGUAUAUAAAAACGCUAACGACGUGGUAUUUUGGUGCAAAGUUCUACUUCAUAUUCAUAUAGUGCUACUUUUUGUUAAGACCACAUGUGUACAGCAACUAUCUUCUGUAAAACUGGGGGAAAUAUUUUAUGUGAUCAAUGGCUCAAUGCAUAGUACAUUCAUUAAGGGUUGACUUAUGCCAGAUAUGUAAGCUGCUAUGAAAAAAGCACUUAUCUUUUUUAUUCCCCCACGUAAAUAUUUAUGAAAGCAAGCAUUUUCAAACCAUGAAUAUAUAUUGCUUGUUUCUACCUUAAAUAAAAAAAGUUUUGAAAGCGUUUUCAAGCAGUAGAUGUGAUCUGAGUACACAAAACACUUCGAUUGGUUCCCCAUUUUCUCCUACAACAUAGAUACUAUGUUAACGUUGCCUAAGUUAGAAAGCUUGAUUUAUGUACUAUGUGUAUGUACUGAAUAAUAGUAUGUAUGGUACUUUUGUAUACAUGCAGUAGAAAUAAAACAUUCUUGUCUGGCA